AUGAAAAUUUUAUCCAAAUUAAAAAAAAAUGAAAAAAAGAACAAUGAAAAAAAAGAAAAAAUUUGUAGUAAAUCUAAAGGGAUUAAAAAAAAAAAGUCAACAUAUAAAAAUAUAAAUGAAAGGCUAUUAAAUAACUCAAAAAGCAUUUCAUUAGAAACAAAUAAAAAUUUAAUUAUUAAAAAAAAGGAAGAAAAUAUUUUAAAUAAUAAAGGUGAAUUAGAGAAAAUAAUCAAUAAGAAUGAUCAACUAAAGAAAAAAAAAUGUUCUAAUACAUUAAAAAAUGAUGAAUUCUUAAUUAAAAAAAAAAUGAAAAUUAAUCAUACCCCUAAUGAAUUAAAAAAUAGAGAAAAAAAAGAAAAGGAGAAAACAAAAGAAAAAAUGGAGAAAGGGGAGAAAAAAAAAAAAAAAAAAAAUAAUAAUAUAAAAGAAAUAAAUUAUACUCCAUUGACCGAGAAAAUCAUUUUAACUGAUAGAAAAAAAAAAAAAGACUUAAAAAAAUAUUAUAAAAAUGAAAUUGAAAAGAAAGCAUAUGAAAGUAAUUUGAAUUUUAAUAAGAAAAAUGAGAAUAAUGAAAACCAGAAAAAUAAUGAAAGCAAAAGAGUUAAUGAUGAAUUUAAAAAUGGUUACGAUGAUUCAAGAUGUAAUAAUAGAAAUGCAAAAAAACGAUAUAUGAAUAAAGUGCAGGAGGAUAACAUAAAAAAAAAAUGUAUUAUCAAAGAAGAAAAAGAAAAUAAGAAGAAAUAUGAAAAUAAAUUAGUAAAAAAAGAAAAAGAAAAAAAUAUUAAAGUUAUUGAACAAAAAAAAAAUAUUGAAAAAAACAAAAAAAAUAACAUCAUUUACAAUGAUAAAAAAAAAAAAGAUAAAACAAUCAAUGUAAAAGAAAAAGUUAGUAAACCGGAUGAAAAAAAUGAAAAUAUUUAUAAAAAUAAUAUAGAAAAUAAGUUAAAUUUUGCUGAUGAUAACAAAGAUAUAUGCGCUAAUGAAAAUGUGUAUAAAGAUGAUCAAAAAGAUUUAUAUAAUAAUGAGAAAGAAAAUAUUAAAAUGACUUUUGAAGUAACUAAUCGUUUUACAGUGUUAGGAUGUGACUGGGAUAAUAUAUCUAGUGUUGAUGUGUUCUAUUUAUUUGAAUCAUAUUAUAAUUUUGAAAAAAGAAAAAAAAAAAAAUUUGAUUAUAGUAAAAGUAGGGCAGUAAAAAAAGUAACCAUUUAUACAUCAAAGUAUGGGGAAAAAAAGUUAAAAUAUGAGGAAGAACAUGGUCCUUUGAUCAAUUUUGAUCUUUUAAAAAAAAAAAAAAAAAAUGGAGAAGCAAUAUAUAGAAAUAAUAACUUGCUAGAUUAUAUAGGAGAUGAAAAUGAGAAUGAAAAUAAAAAGUUAAAAAAAAAAAAAUUCUUAAAGAAAAACUCGAAUCAAAUGGAGUUAAAAAAUGAUAUGUAUAAUAUUGCAGAUAUUUAUAAUGAUGAAGAUAGAGAAAAAGAAAAUGAAAAAAUUAGAUUAUAUCAAAUUCAACGAUCAAGAUAUUAUUUUGCUUUAGUAGAAUGCUAUAAUAAAGAAAUUGUAGAAUUUCUCUAUGAAGAAUUAAAUGAUAUGGAUGCUGACUUUUGUAUAAACUACUUAGAUCUUAGAAUAAUUGAUGAUAAUUGCUCACUUGAUGACUAUAAAAUAAAAGAAUAUUGUGAUAAAAUUCCAGAAAAUUAUAAAUUUUAUUAUUGUGUUACUACUGCUUUAAAGCAUACAUACGCAAAAUCAUCGUGGGAUGAAAAUCCUAGAAGAAAAAAAAUUUUAUCUACGAGAUUUACUGAAGAAAAAUUGAGAGAAUUAGAUUUAAAAGAAUAUUUAGCUAAUUCGUCUAGUGAUGAAGAAAAUUAUUGUAUUGAUGAUAAUUAUAAUAAUUCUGAAUCAUUUAAUAAAAGUUAUAGCAAAGAAAACUAUAGAAAAUUGCUCUUAGGUGAUAUAUUAAAUGAAGAGGAUUUAAAAGGUGAAAAACCAUUUGAUCAUAAUGAAUCAUUACCAAAUAAUUACAAUGAAGAAAUAAGUAGUGAUGAAAAUGAAAAGCAGAAAAAAUUAGAUAAUAGUAAAGAAGAUUCUUAUUAUUAUAAUGAAAUAAAGGAAGAGACAGAAGAAAAUAAUAACAAUGAUUUACAUCACCAAGAGAAAUAUAAACAGUUAAUGGAUAAAAAUAUGAAAAUAACAAAUACAGACCAAAAUAUUAUGAAAAGUGUAAAUAGUUCCAAAAAUAAAUCUAAAGUUGGAAAAGGAAACCCUGAAGGUGAUGAUGAUAGUGAUAAAGAAAAUGAAGUUAUGCAAGUUUUUAAAAAUGUAUUAAUAAAUAAAGAACAAAAAGAAGAUAAACAAAAUCCAUGGGAAAAAUAUUUAGAUAAGGUUAAAAUGAAAAAAAAAAUGAAGAAAAAAGCGUAUUUAGAAUCAUUAAAAAAAAAAGAUGAAGAAAUAAAAAAAAUAAUAACUAAAAAGACAAAUAAAAGAAAAAAAGAACAAAAAAUAAAAAAUAAAGUAGAUUAUAACUCAGAAAAAAUAAACGAAAAUCAUGUGGUUGAUUGUAGAUUCGCAGAUUUAUAUAAAAAUAAAGACUUUAAUUUAGAUAUAACAAACCCCAAUUUUAAGAAAACAAAAUUUAAUGAACAAAUUCUCCAAAAAAAGUUGUAA